UUUGCCGUGCACUGUCUUAGAUCUGCUUAUUGCAUCGAAGACCAUGAAGAUGUGAACAAGGUUAAGUUCUGAUAGUGUUGAGCGUAAGUGAGACAGGAGCUGUCUUUAUAUAAGAGUAAGAUCGCAGCCGAUGAAAUGCAAUCGAUAACUAGGUCAUCGAUUUCAAUUAAAAUUUAUUCCCAUAUCAAGUGUCUCUCUGAUGCAUAUCUGUGAUGGCACUGGUGGCGUAUGGUUCAAAUGGGGCAUCAGAGCAUUCGCUACAAGCUGCAACUACUUUAAGAAACUUUGUCUUGAAAGUUGACUGUGAAAGUGGUCGAAUUAUUUAUGCAUCUCCGUCCAUCAAGGCAGCCCUAUCUUUAGAUGAUGAUGCUCUCUGUGGGUGCUCAAUUGAAACCAUGCUGCACCCAGAUGAUGUGGAGGACUUUAUGCUGUACUGUAGAUGUCCCUCAGAUUUCAUCAGCUGUCUGCCCCAGAUAACCAAAGGCAGCAUUACCGCAGCAGACCCGAGCUCAUCCUCCCGUGCGAAUGGAAACUGCCAUUACGUAACCUUCCUCUGUAGAAUGGUCAAUGGUCACUGUGCGCCUAAAGAGCAACCCCAGUAUACCGUUGUUCGUGUUUCUGGAAAACAACAGGAUACGGACGAGGAAAGUCAAAAAAUGCUACAUGGAGGUGCUAUGAGAAUUGAAGACUGUCGGCCUCUCAAUGGGACAGCAGCAAAACAUCAAGAAGACAGACAAAAAUAUCAUGGUGCAUAUCCUGAAAAUUUGGGGAUCGGAGAGUGGAAAGAGGAAAAGGGCGUGCAGCAGAUGUUCUUCUCUCUAGUGGAGGUACCUACAGUCUCUCUCAAACUGGAACUGACUCCCAAUCCCGAGCAUUUUUCAGUGCACGAGUACAUGUUAUCCUCGGACCAGAGUCCAAUCAUUCUAUUCGCAGACCCAAGAAUAGAGAGGAUUCUAGGCUUCACGCAAGUGGAGGUUGUAGGCAGAACUGGUUACGAUUUCGUCAUGCCUAAAGACCAGCUCUUCAUCGUUGCUGCACAAUUCGAUGCUGUGCUCAAGUGCAGGGAGCCUGUUCCAGUGGCUGCCAGACUGAAGACUAAAAGUGGCAAGAUCAUCUUCACCAGGAGUAGAGUGUACCUCAACCUAGAUCACUGGACAAAAAAGAUCAAGAACUACGUCACCAUCAGCACCGUUAUCUCGAAGAGGACUGCUUUCAAGUUGUUCCAGCGUCAGAUCAGAACUGUUGCUUCACUUCGUAAAAACAAAGACAACUGGAAUGACAUGUUGAACCUUCUGGAGCUAACUGAGGAGCAGAAGUUGUUCGUGUCAAAGAUGGAUCUCAAAAGCUACCUCGAUGAUUUCAGCGAUUGUCUGGAAGAACAGAAAAAUUCACUGAAGCAAAUACAAAUGGAGACCAAAACAAAUAAUAUUUCUGGUGCUACUUCAUCCAGCACCUUAUGCAGAACUGAGAGCUGUUCGGGAUCAUCUUUAAAUGGCGAUGAAGGAGGUGUCACUAUUUGCGAAAUUUAUGACGCUGAUAUUCUGCCAGUGAAGGAAAUUAUAGACAUGGGACCUGAGUUUAACCCAGUGCCUUUUAUAGAGGAGGUUAUCAAAUUCUUCCCAAGAGACUUCCCCACAGUAUACAAAGUUAGCCGGGUGUCUAGAUACGCUACACUUUCCAACAACGUCUCAAGUCCUCCAUCUCAGUCGCAGCAACUCUUGGAACCAGCUAUUUUAUCGCCCUCCGACCGUCAAUGUCCUACCCAAGCAUCGUCAUCUGCUAUGGACGCCUCAGUCGCGUAUUUAGGCGAUAAUUUGGGCGCAGGAGCGGGGAUAAAUGCAGCCUGCAAUCUAGUUGACAGCUCAUGUAAAUUCUCUCUUGACAGCGGUGUAGAUGACACAUCGGCGAGUGUCUUCACUCAGCCCAGUCUGGUGCGCUCAUUGCUUCAGGAGCUUAAGAAUGAUAUGAAGCCAUCGGGCGACUUCCAGAGUCUGAUUUCGACAGCUGCUUGUUCAGACAGCUCUGGUAGUGGCACAGUUGUGCGCAAACGGGCUGCCCAUCUAAAAGCAGUGCGAAUAGGUGCUGCAGGGGAAUCUCGGGCGAGCAUGACGGGAGUGAAAGGGCCGAAGUACUCAAAAGGAUCACAGAAGAAAAACACCUCAUCUCUAACACAGUCACAAGCUAGGAGGAUUUCCAAGUCCAAUGGUGUCGCACAGACUCACUCGUCACAAGUCGCAACCUCCGCGCACUCCUGACGAUCAUAGCCUUCGGGUGGCUCACAGCUGCUUCAUCACUCUGACGAGUCAUCUGUCCAAUCACUCCCGGGUCUCAUAUCACUGCCACGAGACUGACGGGCACGCUAUUUCUUGUCUUUCUCCAACUAAUCCUUAAACAUGCUACUAAGUACAUCAAAGGCGUUGCAAAAUGCAAUAAGCCCCAUCUAGGCAUCUCCAGUCUAUUACCAUAGAUCUCUAUUUAAUGUAGCCAACACAAUGAUCUAGUGAUAAUUUUAAGUUGUAGAUAUAGAUAUCGUUCUAGUUAAAUUAUUAUGUCCUACGAUUAUUCGGACUAAAAGUUUAAUGUGCGGUCUUUGAUAGCAGAAUCCGUUUGAAAUCCAAACGCGAUUGGUCUGAAAACAUUUGACCCUACCAAUCAAUCCAUCGACCGUGCUACUAAUCCAUCUGCGCUUUGGUGUUUAAUCUGUAAAUAGUUAAUAGUUUAUUCCAAAGUGAAAUAAUUCGUCAUUUUUGUUGACAGAAAUACUGUGAAACGUAUCUUGUUUGUCGAGCUUUAUCACAAAAUUAUGAAUAGAUUAUUCCGACAACCGAAUCAAAAAACAGUCUUUAAGUAAUAUUAUCUUUCGCUUGUCAAAUAUAAUGGCUGACCACAUCUUCAACUCUGCCACGAAAAAAGCAAAUACAAAAAACUUCUGGUUCAUCUUUUUCCAAUUUUUUUUCUCGGAAAAUCACAGUAGUCGGAACACUCUGCGCUAAUUGCGCAUCAAACAGUUAUUAUUGUUAUCCAAUCUUUUUAUUCUAGUUGUAAGUUCAAUCAAAUGGUCUGAUAUUUCUUUUCCAGCUAAUAUUUUUUGUCCUCGUAUGUUUUCUUCGUCAUAGUACACGAUUAUUGAAUUUGAAAAUGUUAUUUUAAUCACAUAUCAUUCUGAAGACUAAAUUAAUAAAUUUGAAGUGUGUCCUUUUCUGGAUUAUCUACGUUUUGGUGAAAUUUUGCGCUGAAAUGAAAUUUGACUGGUCUAAUGUUGAAUGACCAUGCUCCAAUAAUAAUUAAUUUGUUCUACUUUCGUUUCACAUAGAAGAGUGAUAGCUGUGCUAAUACUACUACUAUACUACGAGUGAGGCAAUAUCAUUUUGGCAUUUGGGGAUUCUAAGUUCU